AGAAGGGAUUUUUUUAAAAAAAUAGACUUUAAUUAAAAAAUGCAAAUAUUUGUUAAAACACUUACAGGAAAAACGAUUACUCUUGAGGUUGAAUCGUCGGACACGAUUGAUAAUGUUAAAAGCAAGAUUCAGGAUAAAGAAGGGAUUCCUCCAGAUCAACAACGUUUAAUAUUUGCAGGAAAACAAUUAGAAGAUGGAAGAACUUUAUCAGAUUAUAAUAUUCAAAAAGAAUCUACGUUACACUUAGUUCUUCGUCUUCGCGGUGGAGCAAUUCAAAGAUGUACCAUGAAGCAAUGUAGUGCAUCUGCUGUAAGAAUUGUAGGUGACUGUAACUUUUGCGAUGGACAUUUUUGUGGCCGGCAUCGACAGCUUGAAAACCAUGCUUGUACAGGUUUGCAGGAAUGUCGUCAACAAAGUCAUGAACGAAACAGAACUAAGCUCCAAAAAGAACAAUGUGUAGCAAGUAAAGUAUAG